UUGAUUGAGAGAGGGAAAGGAAACUGAGCUGAAAAGACGACAUGGCGGCCUCUGAAAUUAACCCUAGAAUUCUAGAAAUCUAACCCAACUUUAACCGCUAUCUCAACCCGAGGUGAAACUGAUUUAGGCGGGAAAAUCCUCCAGAAAACUUGCACGGCACGAAUCCUUCAGCUCCCUCUCUCCAUCAAUCCGGUAUUGCACAAUUAUCGUUCCCCCUCCAGCUUCGCUUUUUAAAAGCUACCAUGAUUAGCGGUCGCCGGACCCGUGCUUCGACGAAGAGCGAGGCCGUCGGGAAAGAUGUUCUCCCAGUGGCGAAAGAAGGAAGCGCGGACCAGCCAGUCCUAGUUCUGGACGAUUCUCGUUUCGAAUCGGAGGUUGCAAAACUACGUGGACGAUGGGAACUAGCCUCCGUUUUCAAUUUCCUCAGCGUUUUUGAGCCAGUGAUUGGAAGUGAUCUGAAACUCUCAGCGGAAGAGAUUGAGAUGGGUUUAAUCAAGACUAACAGAUCAAACGCUCAGCUUCACAUUGCGCUUUUGAAGGGAAUACCACCUGUAAGUAAAGUAUUGAAUGGUUCUGAUGCAUGGGUGACUGCACUUUGUAAGAAACUUGCUAUGUGGUGGCCAUGGGUAGCUGAAGGGAAAGUUCCAUUAAUGGCAGCUAAGGGGGAGGAGAUAUCCAGAUACAAAGAACUUGAUCCAACAGAUCGUUUAUUGAUCUUGAAGGCACUUUGUGAAGUCCGAGCUGAUCAACAAGAUGUACUCUCUUACAUAAAUGAUGCUUUAAAACAAGGAAAUCAAAUGUCUUGUUUUCGCAAAGAUAAAAUAGGAGGAGAUGGAAGUGGGACUUCCUAUUGGUACGAUGGGAACAAAACUAUUGGUCAUAGAUUAUACAGGGAAGUAAAUAUGUAUCAGUCAAAGAGGAAUUCUAAUGGUAAACGAUGUUUAACCCCACCAGCUAUCAGUUUUCAAUGGGAAACUAUUGCAACCAAUCUUGAGGAAUUUUGUAAAGUUGUGGAUGAACUCUCAUGUAGCAAAGUCAUAGCAGAAGUUGAUGUUGGUAAGACAAUUGAAACUGAUGCAAUUCCCGUUCUCGAGAAACUUCAGAAGAAUAAAGAAAGGGCACUCAAACGAAAGCAAAGGCAAGAUAUGCUCCUGAAUAGUUUUAGUACUCCUCAUGUUGCUGGAAUGACUCGUUCUUGUCGGACUCGAAAUCCUAUCAGCUACACAUUUGAUGAAUAUGAUCGGGCCAUUGAUGAGGCUAUACAACUAACAAAUGGACACAAGAAAUUGGACAUGUUGAAGACAGAUCCUGUGACCCUCUUAAAUGGCACUAAAACUUGUCAAAGAGAGGGGAAAGCUAGUCUUGAGCAAAGUCCAGAAAGGGACGGUGCUGAGCAUGGAACAAGGAACGGGGGCCAAGAAAUGUACACGGGCUCAAAAGACAAUUCUUGUGAAAGAGGCGACUCCAUGGAUAGUGACAUCGAAAGUGACGUGCUUCAAGAAGUUGGUAUUGACGAUGAGAAUGAGGAUGAGGAUUAUUAUGGAAAAAAAGUUGAUAUUGAUGAUGAUGGUUGUUGUGACUUGGGAUAUUCUGAACCGGACAGGAAUCGUGCAACACUUGAUUCUCAGAAGGCUAAUGAUUUCUGUACCCAGAAGCUUGAGGAGACGAGACUGACCGGAGCCACAGCGCAUGCUGACGUGAGCAACAGAGGCUUGGGUACAAAGAAUAGGUUGAGACAAAGACCCACCCGUAAUUCUGCCCUUGACUCUAUUGUUAUACCCGAUUCAGAUGAUGAAAAUGUACCAGGAAAUACUAGGGAGUGUCAGGAGAUGAAUGCUUUUCCCCAGACACUACUGACCCAGAACUCUGAAGAAGGAAGUCAGUGAGCCGAAAAAGACUUGAAAUAUUAUCAGACCUAAAGAUGAUAUUCCAGGAACAGGAAGUUUGCAUUAUGGAGGGGAAUUUUGAAACAACACGUUUUGUGAAAGUGAGGGUAAUGCUAACGUACGUGUUCUCUCUCCCCCACAACCUUGCAUCUUGGAAUUUUUACUCUGCAGCCUGACUUCCAAGAUUUUUGCUGCUUUUUAAAUGCUUGAAAGAAAGAUGGUCCAUACAAGGUCUUUAGUUUGGAGAUCAAUCAGACCGCUUUAUACAU